AGUUAGUUUUUCUUCAUGUGCGUGAUAGUGGAGUUUUUAUUGCACAACCUGAAUAAUGAAUGCAUUUUUUUCAAUUUUCAGGUUGACGCAAAAGCCAUACCAGUUCUAGCAAAAUGGCAACCGGGACAAAGUAUCAGAGUUGUUCUGCAAGAACUAAGGCGUCUAAUGAUGUCUAAAGAGAAUAUGAAACUUCCACAGCCACCUGAAGGACAAUGUUACAGCAAUUAAAAAGGAUGCCGUUCUGUCCAGUUCACUGUCUUCAUUUUUCAUGGUAGUUCAUUUUCUAGCUGCAUCUUGUAGACUUUUACAUACUGGAAAAUAAACAUCCCAUUCAGAAUCUGUUCAUUUUUGAAAUACUAUACAAGCUAGUAAUUUUCUUUAAACAAUGGUAAUCUUACCAUAAUCUUGUGUGUAACCACUGUUUUUGAAGUUGAACUGGUGUCGGGGGUGGGAGUGGGGGAGUAAAAAUUAGUACCAUCAGAACCAGUAAGGCACAUUUAAACUCAACUGUGAAACCCUGCAAUACACAAUCAUUUAGCUGCAGGUUAGUUUCCCUGAAGUUUUCCACACUGUAUGUGAUAGCAUUGAUGCUCAGGGCUUAAUAGUCUGUGUAAAAAGGUUUUGAGGUCCAGUGGGAUACUGGAUGACUUUGGACUACUAAUUAAAAUAUAAUGUGUGAUCACAAUCAUCCUUUUCCAUCUCUGUUAAAGACUGAAUGUAGCUAAUAAAAGGCCUUUUUCAGCAUAACAUGAUGAAAGGGAGGAAAGGAAGGAGGUAUUUACAAAUCAGCUUAGACUGACCUAGAUUAACACGUGUUGUAAAAAUAAACAAAAAAUCACUGGAGACAGUUGUACAGACUUCUCAAAAUAGUGUGAUUCUAUACUUUUGUCAGCUCAGACUAAACUAUAAGCUGUACUCCAAGGGAUUUUGUGCUGUAAAAUUCAGUAGCUUCGUAAAAGAGCGAGUAACUCAGCUUUCACACAUUUUUUGUAGCUAGAGUGUUUGCUUCUGUUCAAAGGACUGUUGGGAGGAGUACUAAUAAAACUUGAAAUGAUACAAGUCUUCAGAAUUUACAGAGACAAGUGAAACACUGCAGCCUUCCGACAUACUCCAGUUCACAAAUAUAUGUGGUGGAAGUGGGCUAUUACCUGGCAGUUCUGGCUAUAUUGUCCCUAUCUUCAGAUUGGAGCAUCAGCUUUGGUGAAUGCAAAAAGAAAGCGAAAGCAUGACUGUGCACUUAGGCAUUAUUUCAUAUGUGUACUUGAAAGUAUGAAGCCACAUGCCUUCAGAAGCACGUCACAAGUUCUCAACUGCUAACGUUUCCACUUAAAUCUGUUUGAGAUUUGUUAAAAAUACUAGUUUUGAGGACUUGUUCUCUGUAAUUAAAGAAUUUAACAUAACAGUAUUCCAUAAGCAGCCUUUUUAUUGUACCAAACCAUUGCCUGAUUUUAAGAUAAUAAAAAUGUGCAUUAAUUCUA